CCAGCGGUGCGGAGCGAGCUCCUUAAACGCGCCAGCUUCUCAGCUGAUUGUUUUAGUCCCCAGUUGUUUUUUUUGCAACUGUGGAGCCGCAGGAGGAGGAGCCCAAAUCGUACCCCGCACCGCCACCCCCGAAAGCGCGAAGCCUCGGAGAUUAGGCAGAGGUUUAGGGAUCCUGUCAUUAUUGUUCCCAGAGGGUUGUAACUCCCUUCCCCGCCUUAACUGUGGAGGCUCCAAGUUCGGUCUUUUCCUGUCCGCUGUGCCUCCCACCUUCAUUCAGCUCCUUCCAUGAGGGUGACUGUCAGAGGCUCCCCAGCCGCUUUUGAGGCUGGCGGGGGGACGACAAUGGCCAGCAGCAGAGUCGAGAAAGAAGAAAGAGCAGCAGCUGCCACUGUGGUGCCUGGCUCCGUGCAGCUCAUGCUAAGCAUCCUGCAUACCUCGUUAUACGCUGCCCUCUUCUCAUUUGCCUACCUGCAGCUGUGGCGGCUGCUCCUUUAUGAAGUGCGGAGGCUGAGUUACCAGAGCCUCUGCCUCUUCCUUUGCCUUUCCUGGGCAGCACUCAGGACCACUCUUUUCUCUGCCGCCUUCUCCCUUGGCGGCUCCCUGUCACUUCUCUGGCCUCCUUCUAACAACCUCCAUUUCUUCUCCCGCUGGCUACUCUACUGCUUUCCUUCCUGCCUCCAGUUCUCCACACUCUGUCUCUUCAAUGUCUACCUGGCAGAGAUUAUCUAUAAAGUCAGAUGUGCAGCUGAACUUGACAAAAACAAAAUUCUUCUACAUAUGGGAUUUAUGUUAGCAAGCCUUCUCUUUUUGGUGACAAACUUAGCUUGUUCAGUGUUACUUCAUGGAGAUAUUUCAGAAAAUCAAUUGAAAUGGACAAUAUUUGCUCAAGCACUAAUUAGUGAUAGCCUAUUCAUUCUUUGUGUCAUUUCAUUAGUUAGUUACAUAUGCAAAAUUGCAAAAGUGCCAUCAGUAAAUGUCUACCUCAAAUCAAAGGGAACAUCUAUGUGUCAGACUGUCACAGUGGGCUCAAUAUUCAUUCUUCUCUAUUCCUCAAGAGCUUGUUGUAAUUUGGUGCUGAUUACUCUAUCUCAGGAUGCUAUAGAAAGCCCAUUUGACUAUAGAUGGGAUACUCUUUCAGAAAAGAAUCAUGUGGAAGACAUCAGUGAAGAAGAAUAUAUAGUGUUUGGCAUGAUCCUCUUUUUGUGGGAACAUAUACCAGCCUGGUCAAUGGUGCUGUUUUUCAGAGCACAGAAGCCAAACCAGAAUUUGGCUCCUGAUGGUAUUGUAAAUAGUCACAGUUAUACUUCCAGAGCUUACUUUUUUGACAAUCCAAGACGGUAUGAUAGUGAUGAUGACUUGUCAAGACUUGGAGGCUCAAGAAAAGGAAGUUUAUCUAAUUCACAAGGAUUGGGUUGGUAUGGAACCAUAACUGGAAGUGGCAGCAACAGUUUCAUAGUCAAUCCUCAUCUGAAUGGACCAACAUCAGAUUCUGCUCCUUUGCUCUUUCCUUGUGGUAAUUUAGAUAUGAACAAUCACCAUACCUUAUAUUCAACUCCACAAAACUGAUAACACCACCAAAAUCCAUAUUCCUAAAGUGGUUUUCAUGAGUUUGUAUUUUCUAAGUAUUUUGGCUUUAUCCACAUUAGUAUCCAUUACCUUUUAUAACUAAGGAAAAAAAUAAAGCUAGAAUUACUUGUAUAAAUGGAAGACAAAACCAUUACUCAUGAUCUCUUCAUUAUAAAUUAAGUAGAAUUGAAACUUUAGAGUUGGAGAUAAAAUAAGGGCCCUGGAAUUUCCUGAUUUUAGAAACAUAAAAUGCGUAUUUGCACUUUUUUUGUCAUACUCUGGAGGAAUAAACAAUAAUCUCAAAAAUAAUAUUCUAGUGUUCUAAUUGCUUUGUUUUACUGUACACCAAACCUGGGCAACAAUCUUUCUGAGAAGAUCAGUGUCAUAAGAAAGUUUUAGUAUUGGCUUCAGUACCACCAUUUCCUUUUGAAAGCAAGUCAUACAACUAGCUAGAACCCACAAAAUCAAGCUGAGACAUCAACUAUAGCCCUGGUGCUACCUGGUUAGUUCCUGCUCUUUCUUUCUUUCUAUCAACAAAGUUCCAGAUUAUCAUAUCAGCUAUAGUUUGUGUUUCCUAGCUAGUUUCCUGUUUUAUUUGAUAUAGAUCUUUCCUUUGUGCUACCCAUUUUUUGAAGUGUAAAUCUUUAACUUCCUCUUUUGCCCUCUGCAAAACUCCACUGUAAUCAUCCUGACUUGUAACUAAAACCUAUACAAGGUUUCUGAAAAUGCUAUUCAUGGCUCAUUGAUUUUUGUGAACAAAAUCUUUGCUCUAACCAUAUAAUAAACUGGUUAUUAAAAUAUCUCUGAUGUUGAUAAGUAUAAUUGGCAGCAGUACUUAUCAACAAGUCCUUGAACAAUUUCUGUAUCAAAAUUAUGUAUUAUGUACUCAGUGAUGUUCUCUGUACGGAACUGCAAAAUUAAUUAGGACAUAAAUUGAGUUCAAGCACAAUAGUUCAAAACUUUAAAAAUACAUGCUAGAAGUAUUGUUUUCUAAAGAAAUAGUCUUUUUAAAAUGAAUUCUAAAACACUAACCAAAAUUUUCUUGAAAGUAUUUAUAAUUGUCAUAUUAACUGUAAUACUGUGGUGACUAACAGUUAAUAAGAGGUAAUUGUCAAUUCUUAUUAGGCAAAACUAGCUAAUUAAUACUCUGACUAGAGUUCUUGGUCAAGACAUUCUUUUGCAGUAACAUGAUUUCAUUCUAUAUGGAGUACUUGAAAGCUAGUUUCUUCAGAAAAGGAAUAGUGAAUUUGAACCUAAGAAUGGUAGAAAUUCUUGGAGCCAAACAAGCUCAUAGAUGUUGUUCACAAAAUAAACAAUUCUAAUUGUUUAGGGUUUUUUUUAAUGUUAUAGGUUAGGGCUACAAUAACUUUUGAAACAAUUAUCUUGGAUUAAUGUAAUCAGAGGAACUAAUUAUCAGUAAUGGGAUUAUCUUCAUGUAUAUGAAAUCAUGAUUGAUUAGCAUGGUAAACAUAAGUGCAGUACUUCAGAACAUGUAUUGCUUCAAAUUUUUAGCAUAUGGUGUUCAGAUUUUUAUAUAUCUUCUAUACGUGCGAUGUUAAACACGAGAUAAUAAAAAUGUGUGUACAGAGAUAAUAAUGUCAAACAUGAGAUAAUAAAUGUGUGUGUACAGUAAAUGUAUUGGAUUUUUAAAAGUGGCUUGAGAAUGUUUAAGAAGAUGCUUUAUUUUUUAAACUAAAUUUCAUUUUCUUCAUGCCCUCUCCUAAAUUUGAAAAAAAAUUGAUAGUGAGGAUAGGUUAAUUUUAUAAUAGAAUUUUAAAAUGCACUUUUUAAAAGUGUAUCUAUAGAGGAAACAACAAUAACAACAGUAGGUACUAGAAAAUACCCAGCAAUUUAGAUUGGGAGAAUUGCCACUACAUGUUAAAAGCUAUCAACUGCUUUCUGCUGCCUUAAAAAAAAAGAAAAAGAAAAAGAAACUAAUAUUGGGGGGGAAAAGCAUUGGAAUGCUUUUCCUCUCCAGUACUGUGUGGGAAGUUCAAUUUAAUUUCAUUAAAAAUUGAAAGGUAUUUUAAUUAAUAUUGAUACAAUAACCUCACUGAAAUAGUAAUGUUACUAGAGGUUUAACCAAAAGGAAAAUGAAGUCUUUGUUUUAAAUUGUCGAGUAGGCUACUUAUACAUAGCUGAAUAAACUUCUUAUGGUGCAGAUAUGACUUUUAAUUCAAACAUAGGUAUAAAAAGCUGUAGCUAUGAUUAAAAAGGCUAUUUAGUGGGGCAGCUAGGUGGCACAGAGGAUAGAGCUCCAGCCUUGGAGUUAG